UUGCUGCUCUGUGUGCCUCUAUAUUCCGUGACGGGCUUGUCUGCUUCUUUCAUUCAGUAAAGUUGAAAAUUUUUCUUGAAAAAAUUUUUUUGUGUAGAUUCUUUUCAAAGAGAGAAUAUCUUUCGAUAAUAGUAAUUUGUUCUUUGAAAAGGAACAGAACAGUCGAUUUUUUCUCAGUGCGAAUUGGAGUGUUUUCAAAACGCGAAUGCUGAUCGUUUGUUUGUUCUUUUGUUGGUACAUUAGUUUUUUUUCUGCCUCCUGAUAAAAGCCCAAGUCAACUGUGCGAAACAUUUGUUUGUUUACCCGCCGCGAAUUUUUAAACAAUUCGGCACAAGUGAAAAUUUGAUAAGAAAUUGUGUAAACACUAAUCAAAUAUCGCCAGCAAAUUGUGCAAAUUUGACGUUGUUUCGCCCCUGUUUUGAGUGUCGCGCGUGAUAAUAAAGGAUAUCAAACUUGUUUUAAUUGUGACGUCAUACUUAAUACUUUACAAUUGCAUUUACCGCAGUUUAGAAUGUGGUUCUAAAAGUGUUGUUUUAAAAUUCUGUUCCCGGCCCUUUGGUUUGAACUAGCUUCGCCCAAGUGUGAUAUAAGGGAAAAUGAAUGAUCUGUUGCAUGCACAUUGCACUGUAUAGCGGAUCUAGUUGUAAAACGAUGAAACUAAAACAAAUCGUGUAACGCGUUUUAGCGCCAACAGAGCUCGCUAAGCCGUACAUCCGCGAAACAGGAUAUAAACAAUUGAAGUUGGAUCUUAUUAUUGACCAGGACUAUAUUAAAACUCACCAAACUGUUUGCAUACAGGGACUGCGCUUCGGACGAUAUGUUAACGAUGGAAGCUGACAUGAAGGGGGGUAUUCUUCACGCAACAAUGCCCCCUCAUCAUGCGUCCGCUCUUCACGGGCAUAGUACGUCCCCAUAUAGUGCGCUAGGACCUUUGGGUAUGAUGAACUUAGGACAAUCACAACUAGCACAAUCGCAAUUAUCGUCCCACCAUCACCAUCAUCACCACGCAUCAUCGAUGGCAUCACAUAUCAGCGGAUCAAGUGGUGGUAAUAAUGGCGGUCAAACGAACCUAGGCAAUAGUAGUAAUAGUUUGCAACAACAGCAACAGCAGCAACAUGUCAGUGCCCAUAGUUCUUCACCUCUUCACAAUUCGAGCGGACUCAGUCCGAGUCAACAACAGACACCUCAGCCUCAAACAAAUAGUGCAUUAUCCGGUGGAGGACACAUGACUUCACCGACGGCUGGACAAACCCACCCCCAUCACCAUCCACAUUCAGGUCUUACGGGGGCUAAUACAAAUAAUAACAACAAUAACACAAGUAGCAAGAAUCAGAAUAUCGAAAGAGUAAAGCGCCCUAUGAAUGCAUUCAUGGUGUGGUCAAGAGGUCAGAGGCGGAAAAUGGCAUCAGAUAAUCCCAAAAUGCAUAAUUCAGAGAUCUCAAAACGGUUAGGCGCUCAGUGGAAAGAUCUUAGUGAGGCGGAGAAGCGACCGUUCAUAGAUGAAGCAAAAAGACUUCGAGCUGUACACAUGAAGGAACAUCCAGACUACAAGUACAGACCACGCCGUAAGACAAAGACCCUCACAAAAAAUAAGGAGAAAUAUCCCCUCGGGGUUGGAUCCAUUCUACAGUCAGCGGACCCCAAUGGAAUGCGAAACUCCUCAUCAAUGUCCGCCGUGCAGCAGGCAGCAGCAGUCAAUCGCGAUAUGUAUCAAAUGGCCCCGAAUGGAUAUAUGCCUAAUGGCUACAUGAUGCAUGAUCCAACGGCGGCGGCGUAUCAGAACCAACACAGUGCGUAUAUGGGUAACUAUCACCGUUAUGAUAUGGGUCAAAUGCACAAUACAGGAUCUCUCAAUUCCUACAUGAAUGCGGCAGCCGCAUCCGGGUACGGAAUGUACGGUACGGUAUCAGGCGGGCAAACGUCCCCUUAUGGUAGUUUACAGCAACCUAGUUCUCCAUAUAGUAGCCUGCAGCAGCAGCCUGGCUCGCCAUACGGCUUAGCUCAACCAAGUUCUCAAUUAUCCUGCCAAAGUCAUAGUCCAAGUGAUUCCAGUAUUAAGUCAGAACCAGUGUCGCCGGGACCAAUGCAUUCCACGCAAAGUUCAACGACCAAUAAUAAUCUGAUAAUGAAGCGCGAAUACGCGAGUUCGCAGCAAUCUUCCACCUCAGAUCUAAAUCAUCUCAUCAAUAUGUACCAUAUACCGGACGGCAUGCAAGCAUCAGCGGUAGCCGCUGCAGCUGCCGCGGAACACCAGCGCAGUCUAAUGCACUACCAGAGCAGUGUGUCGCCUGACCUGCAACAGCAACAUCAACAACAAUCAAUGCGAACCAUGGCCCCCCUGGCACAUAUGUGAGAAAUGGCUACUUUCGGUCCACCACCGCCGCCGCCAACAACUCCAACCCCGCAUAUUCUAACGCAUCAGCAACAUCAUCAACAACAACAACAACAAUCUUCUCACCAGCAACAACAGCAGCAUCAGUCACCGCAACAAUCUCAGCACUCUGGGGCGGCUGCCCCGAAUGGUGCAAACCCGUUAACGAACGGUAGCGGCGGCGGUAGCGGUCAUGCCUCCUCGAUCCUGAGUAGCUACGCUGGUCGUCAUGGUCCUCAUCAUCACGCUACCGCAGGAUACCAUCACCUAAUCGGUACCGGACUACACGAUACGGCAGGACUAAUGGAUAUCUCAACAAUUUAAAACAACCUUCGAGUAUCUUUUCAUUUGUAAUGAUAUGUAACGAAUCCUUGGUUUCGUCAAUGCAAAGUUUUAUCGAAAAACCUGCGAUAUGUGAUAAUCCCGACAAAAACAAAAAGCUUUUGCAAAAUGAUGAAAUUCCGUUCAUUGUAGUCGAAUUGAGGUAAAUAUCGGCAUCGAUCAGGUUCAAAAUGCAACCUCCCAAUGUGCGAUGUUGGAUAAAAAAUCUUCUAACUGAAUUCGAAUAGAGUAAGGGCGCAACUUAAAGAAUGCCAAUUCGUCUUUCUGAAGUGAUUAUGUAUAGUGUUCCUUAUAAGAGAAAGUGUAAAAUUGCAAAUCAGCGGCAGAACUCCAGAUAAUUGCGCAACACCAUGAAAAAGUACUAUAGUUUGGUCGCCAAACAACACCACAUGAAAAUCUGAUAGGCUGAAACUUGAAGUCGAUAUUACCUCAAUUUAACAUUUAAAAAGUCACAAUAUUACCAUUUUAUUAAAAUUAAAUAUAUUUUGGAGAUACCAUUCAUGCCAAUUGCUCAAAAGAUAUUAUAAAGAGUAUUGUUGAAAUUGAUGACUGAUUGCAGAAGUAUGGGUGAGAAAACAAAAGCAACUCAUCUUAUUUAUAACAGCGAGACUUAUAUAUAAAUAUCUAGAAAUAAAAUUGUUAGUGUAAAAAGUUUAAGGAAAAAAGGUGACAAACCAAGCCAGUGCUCACAUUCCAUUCGAAUUCAUUUUUCUUUUGAAAAUUGACAAUGAAUUCAUUUGUUUUGUAAAUAGUUCAAUUAGAUUACAUUUAAAUUUAAGAAUAAAAUUAACACAAAAGUAAUAAAUUUAAGUACAAUGUUGUAUGGAUAGAAAAGUGUAAUAUUAUCCAUAAAGUAAUGAUUAAGGUUGAAAUUAAUUCUUUCCUUUCCAUAAAUAAUUGUACAUGCGCUCUUUAUUAUCAAAAUACAAAAAGUAAUUGUUGUUUUAUUACUGAAUAUAAUAUUACAAAAAGAAAAUGGCGUCUAGUUUUCAUUCCUACAAAGAGUUCAUGAUAAUAGUAUGCCACUGAAUAGAAUUUCGGUUGAAAUUAUUCCUUUUGUGAUUUUAGUAUAAAACCGAAAUAAUAAAUAGAACACUGGGAUGAGAAAUCGGGCCAAAUAUAGAACCGUGUUCUAAUUUUAUUGUACUAAUUGGCCAUACACACUUUCUUGUACACAAAAAGCCAUUCGUAAAGUCAAUCCAAAUAGAUUAAUUUGUAUAGAAUUGUACUUUCUCACCUCACCCGUACAUAUAUGCAUAUAUCCACUAGAAGCAAAACGAAACAAAAUAAAUCUAUGAACAUAAAAUAAAACACAACGGAUACAAUUGCAUUUAGAAAAUAAGUCCGAUUAUUACGUAAGGUAUAAAGAAGUAAAAUAUAAUCGAAAAAAUCAAAACUACAAAAAAUACAAAAAUAAUGCAAAAAUGAUAAAUAGGCCACAUAUAAAAGUAGUAUAAGUUUAAAAAGGACAUGAAAAAUCAGAAAAAAAUUCAAUUUUAGACUUAUAAUAAUUAAUUGUAAAAGCAAAUAUACAGAAAUAUUAUUAAAAAUGAAAUGAAAUAAUUGAAAAAAACGAAAGGUAAAAAUAACAAAAAAAAAAAAUAAAAAUGAAUGAAAGAUAAAACGAAAUGUUGGAACUUAUUUUCUAUUUUAUUCUUGUUUCUAGCUGCGUAUAUAAUUUGAAUGAAUGUGACUGUAAGUAUGCUGUAUAAAUUAAACGUUUUAGACUAUUAAAAGAAAUUUUGCUCGUCUACUUUAUAAUUAAUUUUAUUUAUCCGUCCCCGGGUGAUUUUGUUUAGGGGCAAGGAUGCCAGUCUUUUUCAAUAAAUUCUUUCAAUUAGUAUGGCUUUCGAUCCAGGUGGUUGUUCGCCGACAUUGGUAUGCAAAAAUUGUAAACAUGUGAGAAAAUAAAUAAAAGUUUUACUUUUGUUUAAAACUUCUUUUCUAUAUCAUGGAAUUUUUGUUUAAGUAAAUUCGGAUAGAUUUAUUCUAAGCUAUCUAAAUAUUAUUUGUAUGAAGUAUGUUUUUAGUUUUUAAGGAAAAUAUCAAUUAUUUUUAUUAUUUCAUAUUUAAUUUUUAAUAAGAAAAAAAUAUAUCUAAAAUGAUGA